ACUUCGCAGAUGUCAUGAAGGUUACUAGUAGUGUUACAGAUUCUAAUUAGUGGUAGUCGCACGUAUCGACUUGAUCGAUGAGUCAAUGAUGACCUGCAAAAUGAAAUUGACUUCGUGUUGUUGCCCACUCCAAACAACUGCUAAAAUCAUCGGUAGUGUGGAUAUGCUGGUCAACAUUACGAUUGGUGUUCUGCACUCCAGCAAAAUCGUUGUCAACGGGCCCUUCGAUGUCACAAUCGCUAUUGCAGUAUUUGCAUUCAUACUCGCAAUAUUUUCUAUUCUACUGAUCUACGGUGCCCAGUAUCGUCGACGUCACAUAGUAAUGUCAUGGCUAAUCGUCCAACUUCUCGAAAGGUGUUUUAUAGCGGUAUUUAUUGCAGUUGGCCUAGUGAGACAUUCUCUAGGCGUCAUCCCCAUCGUAUUUAUUCUAUUCGUGAUCAUCUUGGCCUUUUACCUUUGGUGGGCUGUUUGCUGCUUUUACUUUGAACUGAAAAGUGAAGAGCGAGCCGACCUAAAUCGAUCCGAGUCUUUGUCUCGGCAACCAGUCGGUUAUGACGAGAACGCAGAUGUCUUUUGACCAAACAACGCGAAAGCAAAUACAAUGUUUUAUAAGUACUCAAAAUACACAUACAGUUGGCUUC